AAAUGCCAACCCAUGUUCCCCGGCUGGUGGCGUGCAGUAGAAGUUAACCAACAACCUGACCAAAUGCGCGUACAUGCGGUGAAUGCAAUAGAGAAUUCAUUUUGAGCGCAGAAAUUAAUUCGCAUUAUCGUCGCACAGGACAUUUUGGUUUCACAACAAUGGCGGCACUUCAGCUCAGCUUUUCACGGUUGUUUGGAGUGCGACCCUUAGUUAAACAGGCUGUAAGGUGUUACGCCGCUACCCCGGGACCACAGACUGGCAAGAAAGCCGUCUUCCAACGUGAUAAGCCUCAUUGCAACAUCGGAACAAUUGGUCAUGUCGAUCACGGAAAGACUACCCUUACAGCAGCUAUCACAAAGGUUUUGGCGGACCGUAAGCUGGCAUCUAUGAAGAAAUAUGAGGAAAUUGACAAUGCUCCGGAAGAGCAGGCUCGUGGAAUUACCAUUAACGUCGCUCACGUCGAAUACCAGACGGCGAACAGACAUUAUUCACACACGGAUUGUCCGGGUCAUUCCGACUAUAUCAAGAACAUGAUUACUGGAACCGCACAGAUGGAUGGUGCAAUCCUCGUAGUGGCCGCUACCGAUGGUGCUAUGCCCCAAACGCGAGAGCAUCUACUUCUUGCCAAACAGAUUGGCAUCAACCACAUUGUCGUCUUCCUAAACAAGGCCGACAUUGCCGACAAAGAGACGCUGGAACUCGUGGAAAUGGAACUACGAGAGCUUCUGACGGAGCACGGCUUCGAAGGCAACAAGGUGCCGAUUAUCACCGGGUCCGCGCUAUCGGCGUUCGAGGGCAAAAAUCCAGAGCUCGGCCAAAAAGCCAUCGAAAAGUUGUUAGACACCAUAGAUUCAUACGUGCCAACCCCGGUUCGUGAUCUUGACAAGCCAUUUUUCAUGUGCAUUGAAAAUGUCUACUCGAUACCAGGCCGAGGAACGGUUGCUACUGGACGUAUGGAGCGCGGCAUGCUGAAAAGAGGAACGGAAUGCGAAAUUAUUGGAUAUAAUAAAACGUUCAAGACUUCUAUCACAGGAAUUGAAAUGUUCCACAAGAUUUUAGAUCACGCUGAAGCCGGAGAUCAGCUUGGCGCGUUGAUUCGUGGCGUAAAACGUGAUGAUAUCAAACGGGGAAUGGCUAUUAUAGCGCCCGGAACGAUGAAGAUGCACGAUUACUUUGAAGCGCAGAUCUACGUCCUUAAGAAAGAAGAAGGCGGUCGAGAGCGUCCAAUUGUGCAAAAUUAUCAACCACAUUUAUUCUCCUAUACGUGGGACUGCGGCGGUCGAGUUACGCUCGCCGAUAAAGAAAUGCUUAUGCCUGGCGAAGAUGGAAAGAUCAAUGUGAAGCUCUUUAAACCAAUGGUACUCGAGCGGGGACAGCGAUUUACAAUUCGGGAUGGCACUAAAACAUCUGGAACCGGCGUUGUGACGAAUGUCCAUAAUAAUCUUACCAAUGAAGAGCGUGAGGUUCUUUUCAAGAAAACCGACAAAAACCGUGAAAAGGUACGCGAAGAGAAACUAAAGAAGAGACAGGGACUGGCGUAAAAAAGAUCGAGCCUCAUACAGUGCAGGAUUAUGGUAGCCAGCAAAUUAUACCGUUCCUUCUUUAAAGGAAGUCGCAAGCUAUUAUAACGAGACGAUAUCCAUCUACCAACAGCACCGCCGUUCGACGAAGUUGCGUUUAACUCCUAGAAGAAGCUCUGCCCGUAACAAAAAUCCACAUAACCACCCCUGUGAGCGGGUUGACCCAUUUUGUCUACUGUAAUCACAUUAUUAAAAACAGAAAAAUAGAGUAUUGUAUAAGUGGCGGUUCACGUUAAUGAGUACGAAAAGAAAUUUACAGAUGGAUAUAAGUGUGCAGAAGUGCUUGUUUUGGAGGAAUGAUGGUUAAAUAUCAAAGACAAGUGAAACAGAUGCGUAGGUUGGUCAUCCGAAGGUUACAGAAAUAACGAAAGUGAAAUUAAGUAAGCAGAUAGCGCCAGUAUAAAAACAUUGUAUAUUGUUAAAUUUUAUGCAUUGUGUGAGAAAACCACAGUAUUGGGGGCGUUAAAGAGAAACUACCGUAGAAAAAACUGUGGCAAUUCAGGCAGUGCAGGUUUUAGCGGCGUUUAGCGAAUUAUCAUAAUACAAUAAAUUAUUAUAGUAACGAUAUAUAAUAUUAAAUAAAUGUAGAAUUGCGUGUGCGGUGGAAAAACGAAAUGUUAAAGGUAUCCAUGAAAAGUGUUAAUAAAAAACAGGUGUGCCUCGUGGUUAGUGUUCGCUUGCGUAACCCGGCACUUUUCUCAA